GAAUCAUUAGCCUCGUUAGCUCUUCUCUGUGGAGGUUAGCGGCUCUUCCGUAGCAGCUGCUGCUAGCUUAGCGUGCUAACGUGUUUUGGGCUCCGUUUCUUCGCCAUCAGGUGAAAACCUCGUUAUAUGACAUUAAUUUGGCCUCUAAGAGCCGCCGUCCGCCUGAUUUAGCUGGUUGGCGCCGGAGAGUGACUUUUGUUCUGAAUGUCAUGUUUAUUUUUCGACUCAGAAGAUGAUUAAACGACGGAACCAGUUAGCUUUCUUGAGUUGAAGGAUAUUGAACUGAAGUUGGGUGAAACUGGGGAUGACACCAGUGACUGACCCUUCCACUGCACAUGAAGAGCGUAACGAUGGUUUUUGGUCGUUUCCCAGUGAUGAUGGGUGAUAUUUGAUGCUUCGCUGUUGCUGAGCACUGAUUUACAUCAACCAACAAAUGUUUAUUGUAGGCACAAUUUUAGAGAAUUAAUUGAUAAUAUUCAGAAAAACAAACCAAACUAGCUUUUUAAAGGCAGAACUCUCAAACUAUCAGCCCACAGAAUAGAAAAAAUGUCUGUUUGAUUCAUGGUCAUCCUCCAGGUCUGCCUGAAUACCACACAACUCAACAGGAAAUGGCCAUGGACGACACUGAUGUAGAGCAGGUGACGCUGGCUCUGCUGGAUGCAGCCAACGACAAAGACUCCGAGGUCCAGGAUCAGGUCCGAAAAUCCAUGUUGACUUUGGGAAAACAGCAGCCAGACCUGGUCUUGGCCAUGUGCCAGGAUUAUCUCCUGCAGCACCCAAAGUUGGUCGUGAGCCACAGAGUUGUGAUCCUCCAGACCAUCGAGCUGGUUGUCGGCUGCAGGAUAGAGGAGCUCAAUGUUCCCAGAAUAAAGAGCCUCAUCUCCCUGGCCUCAGAGGAAAUGACCCGGUCAAAGGAGGUUAUCUCUGAAUGGCAGCAGGCAGCCAGUAACAUCCUGGUUGCCAUUGGAUACAAACACAUCAACGACAUCAUGGAGGAGAUCCUGAGCAAGUUCCAGCCGGGGGUCCUUCCUCACUUCUUUGUGGUCCAAACACUCGCCAACCUGUCUGACUCCAAUGUUUAUGGGAUGGUGCCGUUUCUGAGUGCUAUUCUGGGCACCAUGCUGCCAAUGCUGGGCCUGGCCAAACAGGACAACAUGAAGUGGGUCUUCUCAUCUGCUCUGUGCCAUUUCAGCGACAGCAUUUUGGAGUACCUGGCUAACCUGGACAAAGCUCCGGACCCCACUGUCAGAAAAGACACCUUCUCUAACGAGAUCUACAUGGCUUUUGACAUCCUCUUCAAUCACUGGUUGCAGAGCAGGGAGUCAAAGCUGAGGCUGACAGUGGCCGAGGCAGUUGGCUCCAUGUGUCAUCUGAUGCCCCGUGACAAGCUGGAAGAGCAGAUCCCCAGAAUCAUUCCUGCCAUCAUGUCUCUGUACAAGAAAAACAACGAGCACUACAUCGUUAGCAAGAGCUUGUGCCUAGUUCUGGAUGCGUCUGUCAACAUGGGCAGCAGAGUGCUGGAGACUCAGCUGGAAGGACUUCUCUUUGUGCUGCACCAGCAGGUUUCUGCCCCUGUUGAUUACGGCGACCCACCAACUGUCAAGAACCACAACGAGGUCCUGCGCUGCUUCAGUUUGCUUGCCAACUCUUUCCCAGAUCGACUGGUUAUGUCUGUUCUUCAGAAGUUGGAAAACAGCCAUGAAAGAAGCAAGAUGGGCUCCCUGGCUGUUCUUCGUCACCUCAUCAACUCCUCCACUUCUACAAUGGAGAGAAAAAAGCUUCUAAUACUGGCGAACAUUAGACAGCCAAUGGCAGACCACAGCAACAAGGUGAAGAAGCGCGUGGUUCAAGUAAUCAGUGCCAUGGCUCAUCAUGGUUACCUGGAACUGGAUGGAGGAGACUUGCUGGUUAGAUUCAUAGUUCAAAACUGUGCUUUACCAGACACUUACCAGAGGGGCCAGAGGCCCAUGGAUCCAGAGGAGGUGACAAAUGAAGCACUGAGGACGAUGUGUGACAACACCCUCCACCUCCUCACCACCACCGUUGGACGACUGGCGGAUGUGCUUUGGCCCAAGCUGUUGUACUACCUGACUCCUGUACAGUACAGCAACGCCACCACGCCUCUCUGUAAGAGUCUCAUCGUGCUGGGCAACAAGAAGAAAAGUAACCAGGAGCCCAGCUUCAACAUCGACUUUAAACAGGAAGUUAACCUUCCAUCUACUCAAACACUCAUGAUCAGACUUAUGGUCAAUGCUGCGUUCCCGUUCAACUGCAGAGGUCACGGAGCUCCGUCGCUGUCUGUCCUUCAAAUCCUGAGCGUUAAUAUUCACCCAAACACGGAGAAGGUCUGGGAGAAGGAGAUCCCUCCUUUGCUUUCGCAGCUAGAAGAAUCAACAGCAGAGAGCCUGGAUGAGGGGUGGGAUGACCAGAUACUAAAGCUGUUGUCUAAAACCCUGGCAUCAGUUCACGAUGACAAGUGGGUGUGUCAGCUGGCAGCUGAAGCAACGAGAUACCUCUCUACGUACAACAACGCCCUGGAGGAGAAGAGUUUCCUGUAUCGAUGUAUCGGAGUGACUCUUCAGCAUUGUUUCAAUAAGGAGGUGGUAAAAAAGCAGCUGCAGGAAGUCCUCCUUACAGCACGACACAACGAUGCUCUUGAAAGAGAGGGAGUUGCCAUGGGCGUCGGUUUGUGUGCCAACAGCCACUUAGAGGGAACUUUAGCCAAGCUCGAUGACUUUAGCAAAUCAGAAGCCUUCAAAAAGUCACCAAGUAUCUUCAACUUGCUAAAGGAGCGUAACGAUGUUGAGGUGGAGAAAGUUAAAAGCACAUUAAUUCUGUGCUAUGGACAGGUGGCCCUGAACGCACCACCAGAAAAGAUUCUCAACCGCAUCGAUCAGGACAUCUUACGCUCCAUCAGUAAACACUUCAAUACCAAGGUUCUGGGGAUUAAAGUAGAGACAAAGGACCUGACUAUGAAACUCAGUUUGAUCCAGAGUGUCGGCCUCAUAGCCAGAGCCAUCAGCGAGUGUGUGAAGAAACAAGGCUACGUCUUCUCCCGCAAACAGGAGCUGAUCAGCGUUAUGUUGGAUUUCAUCAAGUCAGAACCAACUGAUUCCAUGAGAACUCCAGUACGCCACCUGGUGAUGACCACCUGCUCCAACCUCAUACCUCUGGACCCUCCACUCAGUGAGAGUGAGAACUUUGACCUGCUGAAGGUGUGUGUGAACAGUGUGUUUUCUCUCCCACCUGAAACACACACUCCAGAGAAGACAAAGGAGGAGGAGAUCCUCGACCCUAAGCAGAGAAAGGUUUUGUACAGAGACACACUGGCCUCUCUGCAGGAGCUGCUAAAGAGCAUCCUGGCCCGAGAUCACACACCUGAGGGUUUGCAGAGUGUCUUUAAGCACAUCGAGUCAUGGCUCAGCUCUGGGCAGGAUCACGAGAGAGAGCGAGCCAUCGCUUCCACCGCUCACAUAUUGGCUUUUUACCUGGAUAACCUGAACGUCAAGAGCAUGGUGUCGUUCCACAACCUUGGAGCUCUGCUGGGUCGACUGUCUCCACGGUGUUCUGACCCGCUUCCUGCUGUACGCACGGCGGCAGUCGACUGUAUUUACACCCUCCUGUGCAUACAGCUACGGUAUGAAGGCUUCUCGUUGGAUUAUAAAGAUGAUGCUGUAGAAGGUUUGAUGAGUCUAAAACAGCAGCUGGACCACCCGGAUCAUUCAGUUCUUUACAAGACCUGCUCAGACCUCACUAAGGUGAUGACUAAACGUCUGCAUCAGCAGCAGCUGACGACGUUGGUGUUCAUGCUGUUUGAAGGGCUGGUGGACAGUCAGACCAACUGCUGCAGAGCUUCAUCUGUCAUCUUAAAUACUCUGCUGAAGAACAGAGGAGCAGGACUGCAGGAUCUGGUCCCAGAGGUGCUGGAGGUUUUGCAUGUGCGUCUGCAAAACAUCACAGAUGAGCAGGUGAGAGUAGGUGGACAGACUGUACUGAUCCUGGCUUCUCAGCAUCUGCAGACGGUUAUCAACACACUCGUGAACCAGCCACUUCCUUAUGACAGCUGGACCAGUGAAAUGUGGAUGGCUUUGGGAGCUGAUCCCAUCAUAGCCAAUCAGAUCAUAGAGAUGGUGAUGGAGAAACUCGCCAUCACGGCACCAUAUGUGGACAAGAAGGAGUCGAUGAUGAGGGGAGGAACAACAAAGGUUGCCACCAGUCAGCCGCUGGCUAUGACAUGUGGCCUAAAAGAGCUGUUAUUAAACGGUCAGACUCAGGAGCCGGCGGUCGGUGUGUUUCCUCAGCUCUUCUCCUGCCUCACCGUCAGACUGGGAGCGAGUGUGGGAGUCGCUGCACCAAAGGACAACACCCACAAACACACCACCUCCAUCCACGUAGCAGGGGUCGCAGCUGAUGCGCUCAGAAUCCUGUUAGCCCGAGCUCAGUUAGAUGAAGUCAUGAAGCGCCUGGAGGAAGAAAACGCCUGGGAUGUGAUGAAAGAGCAGAGCACACACGUUCAGGGUGUGACCCUGUUGGCAAGAGCGAUGGCGAAGCAUGCCGGUCCCAGGUUGCCAGCCAUCGUCGAGUGUCUUUGUCCAUCUUUGAACAACAUCUACGAAUGUCAGAGAAUUACCGUCACGGCUUUCUUCUCAGAGCUGUUGAACCAUCACGUUGUGACUGAGCUGAUGUUGAUAGACGUGUUGAUGAACAACAUGAUGGAGAGGAUCUCGGAUCCGUGCUCCACAGUUCGCAUGUUGGCCGUGCGUGGACUGGGCAACAUAGCAGAUGGCUCUCCUGAGAAGGUGAAUAAAUAUGCCAAAGAGCUGCUGGCAGCCAUGAGCUCAGGGAUGGAGGAAAAAGAUGAUCCAGGAAAACUCAUAACUCUAGAAGCCAUGUCUGGUCUGUCCAAAGUUCUCCUGCAUUUGGACAAGAAGAACGUCCACUUACUGGUAGUCUACAUAUUCAUGAAGAUCAAACCGUUCUUGGAAAGCGACAACGAUGAGAUCCGAUGUGCUUCCAUCCUUCUGAUGGGGAACUUGUCCAAGUUUGGCUCAGGAGAGCAGGUGUUCAAGGACCAGAUUCACAAUGUUCUGGUCAGCUUACUGUUGCACCUAGUGGACCCAAACCUACAGGUGGUGAAGGCUUGCAAGUUUGCAAUGCGAGUGUUCACUCCUGUGGUGGGGUCAGAGCACAUCACAGCCAUGUUUCAGAACCACCUGCAUGACGACAAGAGCCUGCACUACGGAGAGUUCAUCAAUGAUCUCACCAAGUACCUGAUCCAGGAUUUUCCCUGCAUGCUGAACUUCUACCACAUCUCAGUCGUCCAGUUCUUCAAGAGCAACUGGCCUGAGAUCAGAGCAGCUGCUGCCAUGUUCAUAGGGUUCCUGCUGGGAAAUCUUCAACAGGAGCACCGCUGUCACAUCAACACGGGCACCAUCACUAAAGGUUUAGUGAUGUUGCUCCAAGAUCCAGAUCCUUUGGUGAGAGUGAAGGCUGCUGAGGCAAUGGGACACUUCCAGUGACACCACCAGACCGUAGCGCUCUGUUACUAUUUAAAUGUAGAGUUCGUACAUGUUUCAGUUCACCGUGACGAUUUGUGUUAAAAUACAUGCAAUUUAAAAACAUCCAAGAAAACCAAAAAGGACCAAGACAAGAGAAGAAACCAAACUUUAUUUAUAACAAAUGUUUCUGCGAUGAGCGGAUAGUAGCUAGGUACACGAGUCGUUAUUACAGGUAGAUGUUAGCGACGUGUGUGUGUGUGUGUGUGCGUGCGCGCGUGUGUGCGUGCGCGCGUGUGUGUACGUACAUGUCAUAACAGUAAAUAAUAGUCGCAGCAGAUCUGGGACGAGUCUGAAGGCUCGUAGCUCAGAGCUUGUUUCAUGCUAACCUCCAGCCAUAACUAAACUCAUUUUACUUUAGUACCAGCAGGUUUUACUCUGACAGACGUGACGCUGCUGCUAAUAAGCUAACCGACUUGUUGAGAACAACAAAAGUGCAGACUUGAGUGGUCUUCUCCUGUUUAGAUAGCUGGGUUUCUGUGGAAAGAGCGUUGACAGUUACUCCGGAUUCUUCAUUCGUGGUUUGGAUGUGUUGAUUUUGAUCAGACGGAGGUGCUAACGGCUAGUCAUAGCUGCCACAGUUAGCUACCGAUAGCCAGCUGCUGCUUACAUUGACAAACAUAAACCACUAAAAUAUCUAUUUAUUUAUAGGAGUUGUUUUAAGAUUGCAGAAUUCCUUGGACUAGCUGUUAGCUCAUCAAUCCAGUUAGAAGUCAUCUCUUUUUCACCAAACUGAGGCCAUUUAAUAAAAAGUAACUACUUUAAGGAUAUGAACGGUUUUAAACACGACUACGACCCCGGUGUUGUGACGUAGAGCACCGCGGGUUUCACCGAGCGUCCAGCCAGGGCUAAAGGCGCCGUCCCCGACGACAGCGGCGCUGUGGAUGUUUCCAUGCUGAUGGUGUGUGUGUGUGUGUGUGUGUGUGUGUGUGUGUGUGUGUGUGUGUGUGUGUGUGUGUGUGGUUUUAGGGGACUGCUUCACAGGUGCUUGUGAUGGUAAACGUGAGUGUUUCUCUGUCAUUGAUGCCUCUGAACACGUCCUGAACGGAUUAGUUUUUGUUGAGUUUGGUUAGCGAUGUGUUUCAAUGAACGGGUGAAAAGCUGAUCCUUCUGUUGCACUUUUCAACCUGAUCUGAUCUGAGCUGAGUAGUUCCAGAUAAACGGUUUCCGUAGCAGCCGGGAGCUCCCAACUGAUCGCCAUUCGGUCCCUCCUGGAUUUGAUCCCUUUCUCAACGGGAAUCUCAGGAAUGAUCCAAGGAAAUGUUUUCAGACUUGGCUCAAAUGUCGACUUGCACAAGAGAUGACAUUUUAAACAUGAAGGUAAACUGGUCUCAGUCCGUUUUGAAUAAGACCGCAGGGCUGUGCUCAUAUCAGUUCUCAUGUCUGAAAUGCUCCUCCAGCAGGGACUCGUGUCCUCGAGUCGUUUUAACACUAAGGCUUUAUUUAGGGUCAUCACAGUUUAUUUAAAGUUGUACAUUUUCCAUGUCCGCCUUUUUUACGUACUGAAUGGUGUGUGUUGGGUUGUGCUGAAGAAAGUGGACACAAUGAUUUAAAUAAAGAAUUCAACACAGCUAGAAAA